AUGCUCCUUUGCGGUCAAGCAACGAGUGAAACAGCAGAUGCAGGAACAGAGUACUUGAUCAAUGCUCCUUCAUUUGUUCUGACGGUUUUUAUUUUCUUCUUGACUUGUGGAUUUCGAUUUACUUAUUAUAUUUGCAUAUAAUUGUGCACUAGCGAGUAAUUCGUGUUGGUGUCUGCAUCGUUUGAUAGAGACACACUAGAAAGAAGAAAAACAACUUGAGUUCUUGUGCACGAUGCGGCCGGAAAAAAUAGCAGAAAAAACGUACAAAAAAUGAUGAUCACGAUCCCCACAAGGUGCACGAUUCCCGCAGGAGACGGUGACCUUCUUUCUCGCGGGAGGGCCCUGGGUGAAGGUAAUCGCUGCCGAGGCGUAUACGGAGAGCGAGUCUUUGCUGAAAAGCAAAGACCUCUUGCUGGACGUCGGAUCCACGUUAGACGGUGUGAAGGGCACGGGCGACAGUGGAAUCCGCAACAUAAACCGCUACAUGAACCACAAACUGCAGAACUGCGAGCAGUUCUCCACGGCCAUGAGCUGCGAGACCUGCUUUGA